AUGUCAGGAGUUAGUCGUAGAGCAGUUAUCACAGAUCCAAAUGGCGUAUAUGAAGGUGAUGUGAAUGAGAAGGGCCUUAAACAUGGAAAUGGAGUUUAUAAAGUUAAUACUGGAGAUGUUUACGAAGGUGAAUAUUCGAAUGGCCUUAAGAACGGUUAUGGGGUUUAUACAUGGGCAAACGGAGACAAAUUUGAAGGUUAUUACAAGGAUGAUAUAAAAUGGGGUCAUGGAAUCUACAGAUGGUCUAAUGGCGAGGUCUUCGAGGGAGAAUAUGUAAGAGGUGUUAAAUGUGGUCAUGGUAUAUAUACCUGGCCGAAUGGUGACAGAUUUGAGGGUGAAUACAAGGACGGAGUUAAGGAAGGGUUUGGCGUUUACAAGCUUGCAACUGGUAGAAUAUAUGAAGGUCAGUAUUCACGAGACAUGAGAAAUGGUCAAGGGACAUCCAGAUAUACUGAUGGAUCUGUAUACACUGGCGAAUGGUUUGACGGUAAAGAGCAUGGCCAUGGUCUCUUGAAAUUUAGUGAUAGCAGCUCGUAUGAGGGCGAUUUCCAGAAUGGUGCACCCAAUGGGCAGGGGAAGUAUACUUAUUCGAAUGGAAACUACUAUGUUGGCGGAUUCAAGAAUGGUCUCACGGAUGGGCCGGGCUCACUCACGUUCGCAGAAGAUAAUCGCGUACUAAAAGCAAACUGGAAAGAUGGCCAAGUUGAUGGUGACGCUGCAAUCAUUUACCCUGACGGUGGAAAGUACACGGGCGAGGUUGUAAAUGGAAUAAGACAGGGAAGAGGUGUUAUGACGGAGUUCAAUGGUGACGUUUUUGAUGGUGAAUUUUUCAGGGAUUUCCGUCACGGCGAAGGGGUACUUACGGUAAAUGGCAAACAAAAGAGAGUGAAAUAUAAUAUGGGUAAAAAAGUUGGAUUAUGUUCUUGCUAG